CUGCUAUCCACAGGUUGUGCUGAUGAAAAUACAUAUGUAUGGAAUAUCCACGCCAUCCUCCAAGCAACUGGUCUAGAAACCCUCCUAUCCAUACCUGAUGCACCAAAAGUUGAACCCAAACAGAACGUGUAUGUGUCUUCUCAUGGCUCUUCGCAGAACAUAGAAGAUAAAUCAUUUUUGGAGGCUGGUGCUACGGGUUCACUCAACCCGCUCGGAGAUGCUGAUGAACUCCCACCAGGUUUUUUUGACGACAUGGAAGCCAAUGCUCAUUCCUCCCCAAGACCUGGUACUCGUCGUAAUUUUUCUGUGCUCCUUGAUCGCUUUUCCUCGCUCCUUCACCGCUCUUCACCCAAUGAAGCGAUCGAAACUUCGGAGUCACGUUCACGUGCGCUCCGUAGUCGCUUAUCUUCACUCCUUCGCUCUCCGCCGAACACUGAUCGAAUAUCUGAACUUCCGCAACCCUCAAUGCUUGCGCGAUUAAGUCCUCAGGUGCUCCUAGGUCACCUGUCCUUACUCUUGCCCCACUCUCGCCUCCACACCAGCGAAACAACCGAGCCUCAGCAAUCCCAAUUGCCCUCGGGGUCACGUCCAGGUGCACUUAUUGGCCUGUCGUCACUCUUCCGCUCUCCACCCAACGCCGAUGAAACACCCGAACCUCACCUAUGGACAAGGCAAACUACCUCUUCUCAUUGCAGUCCUCAGGUUGUCGAAGUUGUUGCACAACGGGACAAGCAGGCAUUGUAUGUUUCUCCGCCGCGGGAAACGGCUAGUGAAAAGGCGAAACGCAUCAAGAACCCUACGUGGGGGGUUCGUGUGGUGUUGUUCCUCUGCUGUGUUUCUCCGGGCACCGACGGCACUCAUGGCAGCACAUAG